AACAAGGAGCAAGUUCUUUUCCCUGUCUCUGCUUCCUAAUGCCUCUUCAAAAGCUCUCAGCACUCAUUGAUGCCAUCUGCAAUUUUGUCAUCUGCAAUGACUCCUCCCUCCGCAGCCAGCCGAUCAUCUUCAAUCCCGACUUCUUUGUGGAAAAGCUGCGCCAUGAAAAACCAGAGGUGUUCACGGAGCUGGUUGUCAGCAACAUUACCAGGCUCAUUGAUUUGCCUGGGGCAGAGCUGGCCCAGCUAAUGGGAGAGGAGGACCCAAAGCUGCCUGGGGCAAACAGCACAGCCUCUGGAUUUUUUCGUUCUCUGAUGUCUCUGAAGCGCAAGGAGAAGGGGGUGGUGUUUGGCUCACCACUGACAGAAGAAGGCAUUGCACAGGUUUCCCAGCUGAUCGAGUAUCUGCACAAAAAUCUAAGAGCAGAAGGCUUGUUUCGAGUGCCAGGCAACAGCAUCAGGCAACAGAUCCUAAAGGAUGCUCUGAACAGUGGUACUGAUAUUGACCUGGACUCUGGGGAGUUUCAUUCCAACGAUGUGGCCACUCUACUUAAGAUGUUCCUGGGUGAAUUACCGGAGCCGCUGCUGACGCACAAGCACUUCCAUGCCCACCUCAAAAUUGCAGACUUGAUGCUGUUUGAUGAGAAGGGGAAUAAGACCAGCACUCCAGACAAAGAGCGCCAAAUUGAAGCCCUCCAGCUGCUGUUUUUGAUCCUUCCCGCUCCCAACCGCAGUCUGCUCAAACUGCUGCUGGACUUGCUCUACCAGACGGCCAAGAAGCAGGACAAGAACAAGAUGUCUGCCCACAACCUUGCCCUCAUGUUUGCACCCCACAUCCUAUGGCCCAGAAAUGUGACAGCAAAUGACCUUCAGGAAAAUAUCACAAAGCUAAACAAUGGAGUGACCUUCAUGAUCAAACAUUCUCAGAAACUCUUCAAGGCUCCGGUGUACAUCCGGGAGUGUGCCAGGCUACACUAUCUGGGAUCCAGAGCCCACACAUCAAAGGACGACCUGGAUUUGCUGACGUCUUCUGGCUCCAAGGAGCUGCAGCCCCUCAAGUCUCAGAAGCGAAGCCGGCUGGACUCUUGCCAUCAGGAGGAGACCCAGCAGCGCACGGAGGAGGCACUGAAGGAGCUCUUCCUCCACGUCCACAAUAUGCCUGACUCUGCAAAGAAGAAGAAGCUUAUCCGGCAGUUUAAUAAGCAUCCAACAGCCCUGACUCCUGGCUCUGACGUGCCCACAUCCCCAGCACCACGACGCACCCGCUCGCGCUCCUUCAGCGGCCUCAUUAAGCGGAAAGUUUUGGGAACUCCAGUUAUCCUGGAGAGGAAGAGCAGGGAUUCCACACCAGAGCCUGUGCGGGUCAGCAAAGAGAACGUCCAGCUGUUACAGAAAUGUGGCUCUCCAGCUCAUAUGUCCCAGGCGAAGCUCAAGUCUUUGGAAGGCCAGAAAGAGGGAUCCUGCAGACGCAUGCGAGCCCGCCUGCUUUCCAAGGAUUCAUCAUCCCUCUGAUCGCCUCAGCCCAUGAGUGGGGAUUGCCCAGCCCCGCAAGCUGUGAAGAGAAAAUGUGCUGCACUGAGAGGGGAGUGCUGCAGGCUCACAGCAACCCUCACCAACACAGCAGCGCUCCUGAAACUGGACCUUUGCAAGGAUUGCAGGGAUUUGUUUCUGUAUAUAAAUUGUAUUUCAUUCUACUAUGGGGCAAACCACUAUCUAACCAAAAACUUGUGCAGCAUGUCUGACCUGCUGGCUCUGGGAAGAGCUGGAGUGCUUGCUUGCAAGGAGAGCCCUGUUCAUUGCAGGGCCCUGUGUGCACUCCCAGCUUUCUUGUAAUGUUGCUAGGCUGUAUUUUUUUGCUUUUCUGCUCCAAGUUUUUAACACAUUGGCUUGUUUUUGCUUCCUUCCCCUGUUAGCAGUGAGAAUGAUGGGUUGUAACCCUUACCCACAUCCUGACAUCCAAGCUUGCCUCCAGUCCUGCUCUGGAGGCAUGCCCUUCUCUGCUUCUUCUUGGCUCCAUUUUGCUCUGCUGUUUCCAAAGGCCUGAAGUGCACAAACGGUACAGGGCAUGGGAUGGGCCUGGAAGGAGAGGCUCUGGGUGCCAUCUUUUCAAGUAGGACCAGGGGAAAGCAGCUUCCCCAAUAAACUCAUCCCUCUAUUUUACCUUGAGCUGGAGCCAGCCCUUGCUCAGUGCCUUCAUGUUUCAGUGGUACAGUUCUGAACAAGGAGUGUCUUGGCUUUGUGUUCACCCAGGGAGGUUUAAGCUGAGGAGAGGAGGAGGCUGGCAAAGGCUGUCUGGGGCAGAACAGUCUAAUCUUUGGAAGUUAAGGUGCCUGGGGCAGGCAGAGUCUUGUGGCUGUGUGUGAAAGAGGAAAACGAGGUGAGAGAGGGCUCCAUCCAUUUGUGAUCUGCUGCAAAUAGUGCCAAAGGCUUUGGCUCAAGGUAUGUAGAUGGCAGGUAGGGCAACUGGCUGAUUAGUCAUUAAACUGGGGGAAAGGGCUGAAGCUGGGUUCAGCUCUUUGGUCUGAGCUGCAGAAAUGAGAUGAAACCUUCUAGAUACAGGAUAAACCCCAAUCACAGCUGGCCAAUGUCAGCAGUCUCGUUAAGCCAAAGUGCUCCAGUAAGCCAGUCUUGCCAAGAACCUGUCUGCAAGCACUCUGAGGUAGGAUACACACAGGGUUGCUACUGUGAAAUAAAGAUUUAAUCAGCUGGGGGACCAUCUAAACACUUCUCAGCCCUUCUCAGCAAAGUAAAUAAUCUCUGGAAUCCAAUUAUAUUUGUCUUCUAAUCUUUAAGAACCAGCAGCCAACAGGAGUUAGAGCUCUGCUCUCGACAGCUUUCUGAAACAACUGGUGGCAGGAGGUGUGAAUAUUGGGAUAUGAACAGGGAGUUCAGUCUGAUUGGCUGGAGCUGUCAGAACAGGGCACUGGAGCCUGUGCAACUUAGCUGGAAUUUGUCACUUUUUUUUAUUGUGAUUUUUUUUUUUUUUUUUAAGACACAAAUCCUCAUGCUGCUCGGUACAAAGGGUGGUUUUUGGUACUAUCAGGGAUGCUUGUCCCCAGUCUGACCCCAGUUGGAGCCUUGAAAAUAUAAGGGUAGGGGGACUGUAGAUGUGUGAGUUGGGAGUUGCUGGUGUCAGGAGCCUCUGUCACAGCAAAGAGCGAGCUGUGGUUCUUCAGGGACCAGACUGAUGGUGAUGCUGUGAGGAAGGGCAGAGGCUGUUUGCUGUGGUAGUUGUAUGUGCUUUUUGGAUGUGUCUGUAAUCAUUCCCUCCAGAGGCUAAAGCUGUCUAUGUGCUUUUCUCCAAAGGGGCCCCUGUUUUUCUGACUGCAUUUCUGCCCUGUCCCUGCAGCCUGCUGUUAGCAGAAACUUUGGAAUCUCAGCUUCGCCUCUGAGCAGAGAUGAGGCACAGACAAAGGUCAAGUGGCAGCACAGGGAGAGCUGGGUCUGCUCCUGCUAUCUCUGCUCUUAAUUGCAUUGGGGCAAUUGCUGCAUGAACCAUUUGUUCACUCCUCCUGUCCCCAUUGUCCCUACCUGGCAUAUCUCAUACCUCUCUGUAUGGGUGACUGCUUGCCAAGGCAGUCUUGUACCUGACAUUAAAUACACUGCUCCCAUAUAGAUGAGACAAAGGUAACUCUCCACUGUCCCCCCCUUACUGAUGGCUCUAGCUCAGGGGCUCUGGCUUCUGGCACAGCUGAGAUUUGUUCAACUCUAAGAAGUUACCUAUGGGGCACUGGCCAGGCCUUCUGCAUGUGUCACAUCCCUUACCUGCCAAGGGGGUGGGUGCUGCUCCAGUCCUGGAGGGGCUCUAGUCUGUGGUGCUGGGGAUGGUGUGGCUGAUUGCUCCCCUAGGACCUUGGCUGUUGCUGUCCCGAUGCAUUCACGCUGUCUCCCCGGCACGGGAGAGUUUUAGUUAUGCUUGGAUGUGUCUCGUUUGUCUGCCCUGUGCAAUGACUCAUAAGGAUGCUUCUUCCCAGAGCAGCCGCUAACUGUUCCCAGAGUCUAUCAUUUCCAAGUAUUUUUAAUCUUUGUUCUUAUUUAUAUAUGCUGUGUCAGUACUGUUGCAGACUGUUGCCUUUCUGUGUGUUAUGUGAAAACACCACAUUAAAUGCUUUUAUUUUUA